UUAAAAUGGUCGCAAAGGCGGUUCCCGUCUAUAUUGGGCUUAAGGCUGAAGAAAUUGAAUUUGCGCCACUGAAAAUAUUAAUAGAAUUAUUGCAUAUAUUGGGAAAAUAAUAUUGUAUUUACCUACCUCUAGAAAAGCCAUUAUUAUUAUUUGGGGAGUAGUAUUUUAAUAGUAAACAAAGCCCAUUGAUUAUAUUUAUAUUCAUUCAAAAAAAACUAUGAGAGUAUGUGCUGUCUCGUUUUAUUAAGCCGAGACAAAAAGAGAUGAAAGCCUAUUUGACGCUGACACUAUUCAUAAUUCAAGUAUGGCCGAUCCUUGGCCCAUCACCCCAAAAAAAAACAAUACAAAAAUAACAAAAUUCGAAGACAAUUUCGCGCCAACACCUAAACUCCCAGACCACGCCCAAUACUUAGCAAUCUUAGAAGCAAAACUCAGAAAACUCAAGUCAGAUCCUGAUUUUCUGAGGCAAUUGCAAGAGAAACGCGAGGCUUGCUUGAGACGACUUCUAGACUCAGAUUUGCAACUGAGCUUUGACUCUCUGAGCCAAGAAGAAGCAGUUGAGCUUAUCAAGUACGAUCAGCUUACACGCAGUCAAGAGGGCUUGGACCAAACCAAAAGCCUCAUAAUAUCUGAGUCUUUAACUGUCUUGACUCAUAUAGUUGAUUUAUCUAAACCAGACAAGGCAUUAUAUGAGAACAUGUUGUCCAACAUUGACUUAUCUGGUAUAGAGGUUGCUUAUCUGUUCCAUAAUGCAGGCCAUGUGGGGGUUUUAAAACAAACCACUGAAUUAAACGAUUUGCAAACCUGGCAACAAUAUUUCGAUUUGAAUUUGUUUUCUGCAAUCCUAUUAAACAAUGCUUUUUUGGCCAAAAUCCUUGGACCUAAGCUUGUAGUGGUUAAUAUUACGAGCCUAGUAGGCCGAGUGCCAUUUGCCAACAUGUCAAUGUAUGGUACAGGCAAAGCAGCCAGAGAGCUAUUUUUCAAAGUUCUAGCACUAGAACAGCCUAAUGUUACGGUUUUGAAUUAUUCCCCCGGCCCGGUGCUUACAGAGAUGUUUAAUUCAAUAUGCGACAAGGCUGACAGUGAGGAUUUGAGGCUUCAAUUCCAACAAAUGCGUCAGUCAAGUGUCUUAACAACUACGCAAACUGUUGCAAAACUAUUGGACAUUUUGCAUAAGGGAGCCUACAAAAGCGGAGACACAAUUGAUUAUUUUGAUUAA